UUUGAGAUCUCAUUUUCUGAUUUAAUUGAUUUUGCUUUGCUAUUAAAGGGAGGUUGGGAGAAUGAUGAAACUGUUGAGGAGGCUGCAGUUAGAGAAGCUAUUGAAGAAGCAGGAGUUCGAGGAGACCUAAUGGUAAAAAGCUUCUCCACUGUUACUUGGUUUCAAGAUUUUCUUGGGAACUAUGAAUUUAGGAGUAAGACCCUCCAAGAUGAGUGUAGUCCAGAAGGUUUAUGCAAAGCAGCAAUGUUUGCAUUGUUUGUGAAAGAGGAACUUGAGUCAUGGCCUGAGCAAAGCACCAGAAAAAGGAGUUGGCUGGCUGUAUCAGAGGCACUAGCAAACUGUUGACAUGCAUGGAUGAGGGAUGCCCUCCAUUGUUUCUGUAAAUGGCUCGAGGAGUGCAAGGGAGGAUCAAGCCUGAACUGACUACAUAUUUGUAGGGGGCAAUGAUAAAAAAGAUUAGUGACAUUUAUUUUAGGAAAGAUAUUUCUGAUCAGGAUUACAUAGUGUGUGGUUGAGUGUCUUUUUUUUUUUUUUGUGUUCAAAGCUAUUUUAGAAAGUAUAUUUGAAAACCUUUUUUCAGAAAUAAAAGUUAUUUGAUGAAAUUUUGAGAGCAGUUUUAAAAGAAUGGAUUGGGCUUCACUGUGGUCAGGAAUUCACUUUAGAUAAUAGAGUAAAUAAUUCAAGUCGCUGAUGAAGGGUAGGGUUGAAGAAGAAAAAGGAGGAUGAUGCUGGACCAAAUCACCU